UGACCUCAGGUGAACCGCCUGCUCCAGCCUCCCAAAGUGCUGGGAUUACAGGCGUGAACCACCGCGCCUGGCCUGCAGAGCUCUUCUUUUGGCCACUUGAACAAACAUCCUGGGUCACUAAACUCAGGGAUUCCUGUGACAAGAUUAGUUUUCUUACAGGUGAGAAUGUGUGAGUAAGGUGGAAGCCAGUUUUGUGAAAGCCUUGAGAAUCCCCAACGGACAGUAACAUAGGAAGCUAAAUGCAGCGGACCUGCAGGAUGGACUGAUGCACAGUAAGAGCUCCUUGUGGUCGACCCUCUGACUUCCAUUCCGUCUCCCUGUGCUGGAAGACGCCCGUCAGGUCGGCUCGCAGGCGGUUUCUAGGGCCGGUCUUCCCCGGCGCAGGACCGAAAUCCUCCGCUUUCCGGCAGGGAGGAACCACCGAGAGGAAGCCACUCCCGCCUUCCUAGAGAGGAGAUGGUAGCCGUUAUUGGCCGAGAGGCGCGGACUGCUGACGUCACGCCGGCGUGGGGCGUCAGGGACUUGCCGCAUUCCGCCAGGCAGCGUCCAGAGACCUGAGUGUUGCUAGGUGCAAGAGGGGAGCGCCGCAGGAAGCGCACGAGAGGCUGAUCAUCAGGAGUUCACUUUUGGAGAAAUUGAGAAAGCAUGCUGAACAAGGAAGAGGAAGGGAAAUCCUUCAGGGAUGAAGGAGAGGAUAGUAAUGCAUGUGUGUGAGCACACACAAACAGUAACCUUUCCUAGGAGAACAGUAUUACUAUAUGAAUUUGGUGUUAUAAGCAGCAUGAAUUGCAGCCAAAUAUCACUCAAAAUGAAACAUCGGAGCGUUAACAUGCAGAAGAAACCUUCAAAGUGUAGUGAAUGUGGAAAGUUCUUUACUCAGAGAUCAUCUCUUACCCAGCACCAGAGGAUUCACAGAGGAGAGAAGCCCUAUGUGUGCAGUGAAUGUGGAACUUGUUUCCGCAAACAGUCAAAUCUUACUCAACAUCUGCGAAUUCAUACGGGAGAGAAACCUUAUAAAUGUAAUGAAUGUGAGAAAGCCUUUCAAACAAAAGCAGUUCUUGUUCAGCAUUUGAGAAUUCAUACUGGAGAGAAACCCUAUAAAUGCAGUGAAUGUGGAAAAGCCUUUUGUCAGAGCCCAUCCCUUAUUAAACAUCAGCGAAUUCAUACUGGAGAGAAACCUUAUAAAUGCACAGAAUGUGGCAAAGCCUUCAGUCAGAGCAUAUGCCUUACUCGGCAUCAGAGGAGUCAUUCUGGAGAUAAACCUUUUAAGUGUAAUGAAUGUGGGAAAGCCUUUAAUCAGAGUGCAUGCCUCAUGCAGCAUCAGAGAAUUCAUUCAGGAGAGAAGCCCUACACAUGCAGUCAGUGUGGUAAAGCCUUCACUCAGAACUCUUCCCUUGUUGAACAUGAAAGGACUCACACUGGAGAGAAACUUUAUAAGUGUAGUGAGUGUGAAAAAACUUUCCGCAAACAAGCACACCUUAGUGAGCAUUACAAAAUUCAUACUGGAGAAAAACCUUAUGAAUGUGUUGGAUGUGGAAAAUCCUUUAGGCACAGUUCAGCACUUCUUCGACAUCAGAGGCUUCAUGCUGGAGAGUAAAAUUUGGAAUAUAAUGAGUAUGGAAAGAUUUGUAUGAAAGCAUCUUUUUUUUUUCUCUUAAAUUCCUGGGACUAUAAGACUCAAUCUGCAGCUAGUAUGAAUAUUUUAUAUUUUGAACAAGAAGUAACGUGUCCUAAUCUGGAGUUUGAUGCCUUAUCUGCUGCUCAAUGCGUGUAACCUUAUCCCCUCUGAGCCUCAGUUUCCCUGUCCCCCAAUAGAAAAAUGGGGAUAUUUCCUAGGGUUGUGUUGAGAAUAAAAUGAGUUCUGUGUGACAGUUAACUGCCAUUAAUUAGCUGUUCUAAAAGUUUAUUUAAAAUAUUAAAAUCUGACUGGCAAAUCAGCAUUGUCGUUUGGUUCCAUAAUGUAUUAUUUCUUAAGGACAUUUUGUAAUUGGGCUGUGAUUUCAUUAUUAAUCUGCAGAAGUCUAUUUAAACUGUAUGUCUAGGUUUAAAUAGGAUAAUAUAAUCUAGACUGGUUUAUCCUUGAGAAAUUUCAGAUUUAAUAAGAGGAAAAAAAUUACUGAUUGAGAUUUAAGUGGACAUUUUGAGGUGUACUUCUGGAUACCCUCAAGAUCUUCAUUUAGGUUGUGAUACUUUUUAUUACUAGGUCUAAUUUGACUUUAAGCUCUAAGUUUUACUUUUGCAUUAAAAGGAAAGCCUCUCUGACAUUAACUAAAUAAAACCUCAAGUUGUGGGACUUCUGUGUGUGUUUAGGAUUGGCAGCAGAUGAUUAAGAGAAGGCGUAGGACAGUAGAGAGGACUGGAAUACAGAGGAGAAUAUAAGCAUGUAGAUGAGGAUGUGGCUGUAUUUGUUUUGAGUUCUAGGAGCAGAGCACCAAAUGUAGUCUCUUAAGGGAAGAUGAGGUUAGAAGAUACUAAGAUCCCAGGUUCCAGCAAGCUAUGCCACUGACUAACAACUAGCCACUUGUCAAAGGAAGGAGAGAACAGUGUUUUGGGGAAGCUGAUGGGUUGGAGUGCCUAAUUAAAAGACUGGCUCAUUAAAAGCCAUAAAAAAGCAAAGAAAGGAUACUUUUAAUGGUGCAUUAGGCUGUGCUAGGCUCUUUAAUGUAAACAAGCACCUCUAAUGCUAAAAGCAUCCUUGCAAGAAAGGUAGGAGUUAACUAUUCACAUCCUAUAGUCAAGGAAAAAAGAGUUUGACUUUCUGAAAGUUAAACAGGUAAUGUCAGUUGAAUCUCAAAUAUGUAUCUUAUUAUCAAAAGUGUAGUUCUGGUUUCUAUAAUACCAAAGUCACAUGCAGGUAAUUUCCUACCAUUAAACCUUGCUAUUAAUGUGAGAUGCCAAAUUUGUCAAAACCAUUCUUAAAAAGUAAAGAUUGAUUUUUUUCAA